AAUUCGGCGAUCACGUAGGUACAUACGUUAUAAACCGUCAGAGUCCGAAUAAACAGAUCUGGUUGUCCUCGCCAAAGUCAGGACCAAAGCGAUAAUUAUGGAUGAGAUUAUGGAAGAUGGAAAUCUGGUGGAUAGAGUUAGGAUUUUAUUGCAGAGAGACAUGCAAUAUUAUCAGGCGAAGCAAACAGUCCUUCGGGAGUCACUGUGUGGAAGGGUGAGUGGUGGAAAGCUGGAUUUUCCACGUCAUGCGUCAUUUGCCGCGAUAAAGAUCGUUAAAUGGUGGGAGGCAGAAUUUUUGAUUGCAUUCAGGCAUCCCUCUGGACUCUGCAUAUCCACGGAACCAAUAUCAACGAGUAUUGAGGGAGAAGAGGUCAUUAAAAAAACACCACCUUCCGAGUUUAUCAUGCUCGUCGUUGACACUUCUCAAUUAUUUAUUGAGCAUUUGCAUGCAUUAAUCCAAGAGUCCCUUGAUCACGCCGAUCUCGCUGUGCUGACAGCCACCCUGGGUGCAGCUGCACUCGUGAGAAAUUGCCUCUGGUGUUACAAUCAACAAUCCAAAGACAAAAUUCCAAAGCAAUCGAGCGAAAAACUCUAUGAAUUUUACAAAUCGUACCAGGAAAUGGCAGAGGCAGUUGCUGAACGUCUCCUUGAUCUCCAUUGUCGUUUAAUAUCUCUCUAUAUUCUCAAUGAAGCUGAUUCACUCAGUUGGCAGAGUGACAAAUAUUUUUUUGAGAAAGAGCGAUCGUCCUUCAUUAUUCAAAUGUGGUGGCUCUAUAUGCAGGGAACAAAGGCAGAUCUCUGGGACACGGUUUCGCCGAAAAUGGCGCAGAGAAUUUUCGCUGGAAUGCUUAACGAGUCGCUUACAAUUAUUGUAGCUCGGUUUAUUCACGGUCGACCAAGCCUGCAGAGAUCUGAGCAAUUCUGGGCAGACGCUUUCAACGUUUUGAGUUGCACUUCAUACCUGGCCUUGUCAGCUUGUGAUGACGGUGAUGAACUCAUCGCUAUCCGUACUAACAAAUUAUCAAUCGUAAUGAGAGAUAUACACGCAAAAUGUGGUGAACUUCUUGUUUGCCUCCUGUUACGUGGCACACCCCUCAAACUCCUCUAUCAAAUCUGCAGAAAUGGAUUAGAGAAUAUGGCAAUGCUGGACAAACGGUGUGGACCAUCUCCUUGGCUCCUCAUUGCAGCCCCAAAACUCUUCGGGAAUUCCACCUUCAAAGACGGCAUCACUCAAUUAUCUGAGGAUCAAUUGCUCAUUUUACAAGUGCAUGUUCUGAGAUCUCAGCCCCAACCAAAUUGGACUCAACUUCUCAAAGUGUUGUCAAUGAGAAAUUGUACAGUUGCGAGAAUGCUACUGAUAACGUUAAUUCGCCAAUGCAGCGAUACGAGGGAGAAGGACAAGAUUUUUCAUGAGAAAAAAAGCUUGAAGGGCUCGUCAGAGUGUGAAGGAUUUCUCUGCGCCGGUGACCACAAAAAUAUCUCGAAUUUUCCCCCUCCAAUGUGCCUAUACAGUCUGAUGUACGUGUCAGUUAACACUCCGAUGAAUCCAAUGGAUGUAAUAAUACCCGGCCUGAAGCAGGACGUCAAUUGGUCCAAUUACCUCGAUCGACAACAGGUCUGGAAUCAAUCGAGACCACCUUGGCUCAAUGCUCUGCUUCAGCCACUUCGACAAAUAAUGGAUCCUGUCGUGGAGAUUCUCCUCGAGGCGGUCAAGACUGGUGCGAGUAUCUAUCAAGCAAUGUCCCUAGCUCUUGCGUGCAUCACAGAACUCUUCGUUUGCGCACCGAUGGGCAUCCUGAGAGCUGCCAAUAUGAUGAAUCAGAGUAUUCCAGCGCAUUGUCACCCCAUGGGUGGGUCUGUACUCGUACAAAUAUUCUGUGCUGCACUUUACUCCUCCCUCUUUGAAGUCUCCCUCCGAGCACCAGAGUCCUCCGAUAAAUCCGAUAUUCAGGACACACCCAGAAGUAUCGCAGAGUCAUUCUCAUUUGAUCCUUCUGAUCGAUGUGCUUCAGCAACUGCUUUAGCUGAAGCACUUUGCAGCAUUGAUGAGGAUAAUAAACAUACUCAUCAAAUUCAAUCGCUUCUGGGGCUUAUUCAUAAGUGGAUUGAGAAACAAGACCCGAGUCCUCGAUUGAAAAAACUCGAUACUGUAUUCUCGUGGAAAGAAACUUAUGUCGAUCAAUUACUAUUUACAGAGACUGGACGUCGAUCUUUGAAGGUGGUCCAUGAAUAUCUCUUAAGAGCAUCAGACUGGGUAUUGAAGAACUUGAAGGAUGGAAAAGAAGUAUUUGAUGAUUUCACGGAUUCGAGCGAUGUCUUCAUUCCUUCGAAACCUCUCACUUAUAUCAUGUUCCAUAUCGAUGAUACACCAUUCGAUCAGUUCUUGACGAAUUUCAAUGAAGCCAAUUGGCAUGCCAUUUUGAAAAUGCCACUGUCAGUGACACUUGAACGGGUUACGAGUCAAAUUAUCAUCAGACCUGAACUGAAAAAUCCGGAAAAUUUAUCACACGCGGACAAGGAAGUGGCUCUGGCUAUCAAGAAUCUCUGCAUCAAUGCUAAAUCACAGAAAACGGUGGAGUAAAUCCACCAAUAAUUCAACAAUAAGUACAAUGAAUUUUGGCACAUUUACUUGAAAAUAAAGAAAUAAAUCAAAAUGAUUGAUAAUAUUUCAGUAGAUUUUUGACCGAACGGUC